AUGUGCCCUCUCUGGAUUAACACCCUAGUAGUUUGGGUGUUACUAAUAGUGGUUGAUGGAGAUGCAAUUAAGCAGACAAGUGCUCCAUUAUUCCCCCACAAACCUUUCGUGGUGCUUUGGAAUGCACCCACAGAACAAUGCCAGCAACGGUAUAAGGUAGAUUUAGAUCUUGAUGUUUUUGACAUCAUAGCAAAUCCUGGUGAGACUUUGAAUGGCCCUAUAGUAACAAUAUAUUAUCACAAUCAAUUGGGCACCUAUCCCUACAUUGAAGACAAUGGAGUCUCCAUCAAUGGAGGUAUACCACAGAAUGAAAGCCUGUUCAACCACCUCAUCAAAGCUCGGUCUGAUAUUAACAAUUCCAUACCUAUGAAGUCAUUCCAAGGACUUGGAGUCAUUGACUGGGAAGAAUGGAGACCCCAGUGGAUUAGGAACUGGGGCACAAAAGAUAUUUACAGAAACAAGUCUAUUCAACUUGUACAGAUGAAGAAUUCUCAGUGGCCUGAAAGCAAGAUCAAGGAUACUGCUAAGGAUGAAUUUGAAAGAAGUGGGAAGAAUUUUAUGAAUGAGACCCUUUUCCUAGCCAAAGAAAUGAGAUCAGAUGGAUACUGGGGUUACUAUCUCUAUCCAGACUGCUACAAUUAUGAUUACAAGAAUAAUCCAACAAGAUACACAGGCAAAUGUCCACUUAUUGAAAUUAAACGGAAUGAUGAACUGCUUUGGCUUUGGCAACAAAGCUCUGCUCUUUAUCCAUCCAUAUAUUUGGAUGCCAUUCUGCAGUCAAGCCCAAAUGCUCUGAAAUUUGUACACUAUCGCGUUAAAGAGGCAAUGCGCAUUGCUUCCAUUGCUAGGACAGACUACGCCUUGCCCGUUUAUGUCUAUGGCAGGCCAUUUUAUUCCUGGACAUUACAGGAAUUGACAGAGGAGGACUUGGUCAGCACAAUUGGUGAGAGUGCCGCAAUGGGGGUAGCAGGAGUUGUCCUUUGGGGAAGCAUGCAGUAUGCCAGUACUAAAGACAACUGUGUGGCUGUGAAAAAAUAUGUAGAGGGUCCACUGGGGCAUUAUAUUGUUAAUGUGACUUAUGCAGCCAAACUGUGCAGCAAAGCCCUCUGUCAGAAGAAUGGAAGGUGUAUUCGUAAAAACAGUGAUUCGUAUGACUUUCUCCACUUGCCUUCUGAUAGUUUUAAGAUUUUAAUUGACCAAUCUCAGGCAGACAAAAAAGUCACUGUGCAAGGAAGUCUGAAGCAGGAAGAUGUACAGGCCAUGAACGACAAAUUCCAUUGUCAGUGCUAUCAGGGCUGGGAAGGACUAUCGUGUGAAACAUCCUCUUCCACAAACUAG